UUAAAUUUCAGCUUCACCAUGACUUCACGGCAUCGGUGAUCGAUUGCUGCGAUUUGAAUUAAAAAAAAUAAGAAGAAAGCGAAAGUUCUUCGACUCUUACCUUUCUCUUUAUAGAGAAGAGAGGCGAGAAGAGAAGAUAAUAAUGGGAAGUAAAGGAGCCGGAGGAAGUGAAGCACAGAAAUACGUAUGGGAAGGAGCAAUUCCACUACAGAUUCACCUUCAUGAAUCCGAAGUCACUACUCUCCCUCCUCCUCCCCCUGCUCUGAUUUUAGCUCCUCGAAUAGGUUACCUGCCUCUUUUAGGAACAAAAAUAAAACCUUUCUUCAGUAAUUCACUUCCUCCUGGUGUAGAUACCGUAUGGUUUGAGUACAAAGGCUUGCCUCUCAAAUGGUAUAUACCAACUGGGGUACUCUUUGAUCUUCUUUGUGCAGAACCUGAACGUCCUUGGAAUCUGACGGUACAUUUUAGAGGAUAUCCUGGAAAUAUUUCAACACCUUGUGAAGGCGAAGAUAGUGCAAAGUGGAGUUUUAUCAAUUCACUAAAAGAGGCAGCAUACAUAAUCAAUGGGAACUGCAAGAAUGUAAUGAAUAUGUCCCAACCUGAUCAAUUAGAACUGUGGCGCUCCAUUAUGGAUGGUAAUUUAGAAGCUUAUCUCCGAAUCUCGUCUAAGCUUAAACUUGGCCUAGUGGUGGAUGAUUUUUCAAUACAACUUAGCUCUUCCUCUCCUAAAUCACCGGAAAGCACUCAAAAUGCAGAUGGCACAGGACCAGCUAAAACAGGUAGAAUACCGAUUCGACUGUAUGUUAGGACUAUCAAUGAGGAUUUUGAUGACUUGCAAGAUGCACCUGCAGUUGAAAGUUGGGACAAAAUCUCUUACAUAAACAGACCUGUUGAGAUUCAUGGAGAUGGAGGCAAAUGCUUCACCUUGUGUGACGCAAUAACGAAGCUUCUGCCGGAGCUGUUUGGGGAAAAACUGCUGCCAAAAGAUGACGUUUCUGGAGAAGAAGUUGAGGUUGGACAGAGAUUAUCUCUUGAAGAAACAAACAAGAGCAGCACGGGACAAAGUGGAGAGAUGUUGAAUGAGCGCAUUGUCUCCUGCUCUGUGUCAGAUGGUGCUGAGAUUAAGCUCAUACGCAUUCAGGGAAUUGAACCAAAGAUGGAGAUUCCUUUUGCAUGGGUGGUAAACAAUUUGAUGAACCCUGAAUACUUUCUUCAUAUCUGUGUAUAUGUCAAAAUUCAAGAACCCAUCACCAUAUAGCAAAUUGUUCAUAGGAUUAGCAAUUCUGGAGAUUUGGAAAUUCUUUAGUUCUGAUAGUGCAUAUAUCUCAGUCACUGUAAAUAAGCGCAUAGGAUAUUUUGAAUGUGUUUUUACCUCUAGCUCUGUCAAUGCUAUUGGCAAUUUGGUCGAAACAUCUACAUCUCAAACUCAUGAAGAUAGCAAAAUACAAAGCUUAGGCAUAUUGACAACGCAAAAAAAUAGAAGCAGUUCUUAGCUUUGUUCAAAAAACCUAUUGCCAUAUCAAAAACAGAUUCUAAGAUAUACUAUCUUAGAAGGUGGAUAUAUACCGUUGGUGUGUAAAAGUAA